AUGCCUAUUCCAAGCAGAGCAGAUGCAAAAGUGCGUCGUAGUAAAGCUCAUGUAAAACAUACAUUCAGUAUCCAUAACCUACUGGGAGAUCCAUUUGGAAUAUCAUCCAUCACUAUUGCUAUAUUUGCGUGGAUCAUUACACUGGGUGGUUCUUCUGCUGCAGUAUCUAGUGACGAAGCGUUCCCCAGAUUUUCAUGGUGGGGGAUAGCGUAUCAAUUAUUCAUGAUAUUCAUAAUGAUAUUUCUUUAUACAUAUGAUCUGAUAGAUUAUUAUCGGAAUUUCUUAACAGGAUCCAAUAGUGUUGCAUUUGUUUAUAAUACGAAUUCUGCCACCAAUUUGAUAUAUACCGGUGGAUCUAAGCGUGCUGCUGCUUCUGCAGGGUUUGUCUUGAUGGCCACGAUGAAUUUAUUCUGGAUCUUUUAUUUUGGUGGUGAUAAUGCAUCUCCAAUCAAUAGAUGGUUAGAUUCAUUUUCCAUUCGUGGAAUCAGACCAUCGGCACAAGAAAAUGCAUUACUAAGAGCACAUAGAAGAUCUACUAAUUUGAUUUUGAAAAAUAGGAACCAUAAUAAUAGUACCAUAAAUGGGAAUAACGUUGAUUUUGAAGGCUCUAUGGGUGUGGGUAGCCGAUUAGACGAAUAUUCGUUACAAAGACAUAAUAAUCCUAAUUUACAUAAUAGGAAUAUGACUAAUGGAGGAGAACAAAUGAUCAAUUAUAUGUCAUCUGUAGAGUUGAACGGGUUGGAGAAUACCGAACCUAAAAAGACUCAACAAGAAAUAACAAAUGAUUUGAAAGAUAUUAGUGAUGAUGAUAUGGAAUUAUCAGGUAACAAUGAUUCUGGUGUGAAUAAUAAUAGAAACACUUAUUACACUGACGUAUCCAAUGGUAAUACUGAGACUACAAUGGGAUUCUAUAGUGACAUUGGAGAUGACGUGUUCCCCUACAAGGCACGAGCCUUGUACUCAUACAAGGCUAAUGAAAACGAUGCCUAUGAAAUCUCGUUUGAGCAAAACGAACUAUUAGAAGUGAGUGACAUCGAAGGACGUUGGUGGAAGGCAAGAAGAGAAAAUGGGACUACGGGUAUUAUACCGAGCAAUUAUGUGGAACUGAUCGAAUAA